AUGGCGCCGACCGCGACUACCUCGACCGCCAGCGGCACGCCUACCGCAAUACCGAUCAUCGCCACGCCUACCCCCUCAGACGGCUUCAAUGGCGAAGACUUCAUCAACAACCUCGGCAGCGAUUUGGCGCCUCUCUUAACGCUGUUCGGAGAGCAAGUCACGAAACAAUUCCUCAGCAUGUCGCUUGGCUGGGCCGACCAUAUACUCCUUGCUGUUGGUCCGCUGGGCAUAAUCACUACGGUAGUCUCCGCGAUUCGAGUUUCAAACGUCAGAGUCUUGAAGGCUAUCAUCGGUCGUGCACGAGAGAAACUGGCGACCGCAGAGCUGGAGCUGCUUUCAUCGACUUCAGAUGCCACUUCGGAGCUUUGGACCGAGGAAGGAGUCGUGCGCCAACCAGGCCAUGCUAAGAUUCUGGAGCUGGUCGUCUACCGGAUGAAGCCUGGGCAAAAAGGUCCAUGCCAGAAUGGAAUCGAAAUCGAAAGACCCAGUGAAGUUCGCAUCGGCGACCUUAGUGAUGCCUAUGAUCAGGGGGUUCUCAGACCUGCCACAGAAAGCCGUUCCAACAGACCCAAAGGCGUGUUCGGAGAGGCCGGCCUUGGAUCUGAUGAGCGGUUGGAAGCUCCCACCCAAGGCGAGGAUUCUACUGGCAUACUUGCUAGAAGGAUUGCCGACCAGCCACCAAAUCUCACACUCAACGUGCACGAUGCCCUCCCAAAGAGCAGAGAAUUGUGGAUAUUUGCGGUCUUUGGAAUUGCCCUGCAAUUUGCUGCUGUAGCAGUACCUGCAGUCAUGACAUAUCACUGGAGAAAACCGAAGGGUGCAGAUCUUGUUCAAGACUAUGCAUACCCAACAUUUCUCGUAGGAACUACGCUCAGCGCGGAUCUUAUUACCAUCGAGGACCCCAGGAUCGUACUGCGGCGAAAGAUACAAUCUUUGUCGUCUAACGCUGAUGACGAUCUCUCUCUCUAUGCUCGGAAUCUUCACCGCGCCAUACACAUCACAUGGGUGCACGUAAUGGAGAGCAGCGUCAACGAGUCCGAUCCAUACUACGUACGACUGGCGCUCACGGCGGAAGAUUAUGGGUGGGUGGAUGAGGAAGCAUUGCAUGCUCUACUAGCAAUGUGGAGGUACUCAAAACCUACUCAGCCCGCCGAGAUGUAUGUUACGAAGGUAUACUCUAAGAAUGAUUAUAUCAGAAAGAAGAGCUUUCUCGAAGCCAAAGUCGACGCGAGAGUACUAUGUAUUCUGUUGUUGGCCAAUGGUGACGUGGCAGAGCAGUAUGAGAACUACGACUACGCGAGGAUGAAUGAUAAAUCCCGGCGCACUGGACUAAGUAUCGAAAACAUGCAAGACUUUAGUGAGCCUCUCGGGGCUGUCAAAAACCGCUUGUAUGGUUAUCUAGUCGUUGAGUUGGCGAAGCCAGCAGCUGAUUUCGCUUCCGAGGUGCUUGCUGGUUUCAUGGAUGCGCGGUGGCAGAAGAUGAAUGUGAGAUAUGACUACAAAGGCAGGAAUUGGACCUUCACACCAAUGCUCCGCAAUGCGGUUCGCGUCUCGCAGCGGAAUGCCAUGGCGGCACCAUGCCGUCGCUUCUUGAACACCGAGACGGCACCGAAGCUUUACUCAGCAAAGGCGCACGUAGUCGGCGCACGCACAGGACAUGUAGACGGCGAGAACCUAAAGGUCGACCUAACAAUGGCCAAAGCCCUCGGCGGCCCCGGCGAUGCCGGAAAGACCAACCCCGAAGAGCUCUUUGCAGCAGGUUACGGCGCGUGCUUCCAAUCCGCCAUGAACGCCGUGGCCCCCUCCCUCGGCGUCAAGAUGCCCUCCACACCCGAAGACUCGAUCGUAGAAUCCACCGUUGAACUGGUCGGCAGCAUGAAAGACCUCGACAUGGGACUGCGCGUCCAGCUGCUCGUCAAGGUACGCGGGCUGGCGAAGGAGGAUCUGGAGAAGGUUGUGUACAAGGCGAGGCAGGUUUGCCCGUAUAGUCGGGCGACGAAGGAUAAUGUUUAUACGACUGUGAGGUGUGAGACUAUGUAA